AUGCCGUAUCUCGCCCCGCUCUCUAAUAUCUUGUGCGGGAGUGAGUUUGGUGAAGUGGCCGCUAUGUUUGCGCUGCCCUUGGGUACGGGACUGUACAACGACUCGCUUACUCACACCAUGGAAAGUUGGGCCUCAAGCGUAAACGCUCCAUUUUCCGGCUCCCUUUUUUUGGCCAAAAGGUGCCUACGGUGUCUCGGUGUGUGUGCAACGGCGGGCUUGGGCAGCGUUGGGUUUUGUGGGGUCGGCAUCGAAAGAUCAAAAUCCAAAUUAUCCGAUUGGCCAAGUGGGCAUCCAGUCAUUGGGUCAUUUCAAUUAGGUUCCACAAGGAGCCGAAGAUCCACCUUUGUUUUGACUUCAAGUCGCGCUCUGCGCCAUCUCAGCGGAGCUUCUCAGGCCCUUGCGGCUUACGGAGUCUACCACGGCGACAUGAAGCUGGAUAACUUUCACCUCGUUGGGGGCCCAGCCAGCCGAGUGAUGGCGAUUGACUUGGAGAACGCCGAGGAAGUUGAGAAUGAGCAGCUCAGGUGGGAAUCCUGGAUUGAGUCCGACGCACGAUUUUUACUCGGCAUCUAUCGUAGACACCAGCAAGCCCUCGUCGAAGAUGGCUUGGUACCCAGAGAAGCGUAUCCCAAUCUUGAGGAGUUGGGUGCACCCGACUUCUCAUUACCAAACCACAAGAAACAGCUCGAGAGGUGGAUGGAGGAGGCAAUGAGAAGGGAGUGGAUUCGAAGAUGGGAGAGUGAGGUAGCUAGGGUGGUCGCUAGGGACCCGGGGCGGGCCCUCGAACCGGCCGAUGCGACCGCGCGGUUUGACGCCUCUGUUAUGAACCGGCACCGGUCGAGGGAUCCAGCCUGGGAGCUAUCCAAGGCGAGGAGUACCCUCCUAGUGCAAGCGAGGACUGGGAAGAUUGGGCUUCGAGGGUUCCUCUUUACUAGGAGGGUCCCCGAGCUGGUAACGCCGGUAUGCCGCUGCGGUAUGGCGCGCGAGACAUUCGAACACCUCGUACUCGAAUGCAACGGAGCCGCAGAUAAACCUCAGCCCUGGCCAGACGACGGCGCAGAGCUACUAGAGUGGCUAGGUAACGUGGAGAAGGCUGCCAUAGUGGUGGGGUGGGUACUUGGGCUGGGGAGGCUGAACGAGUUCCGGCUGGCGGUAGCGCUGGAAAAUGAGGACAACAACGAGGAGGCCCGCGGCGGGGCCGAAGCGGAAAGGUGGGUGAGCCCUUUCGAGGAGAUGGAUCCACGGGGUAGCGGCGAGGCCGCAGCGGAGCCCCUCAACUUCGCCACCCGCCGAGAACCCACCCCCGGCGGGAGUAACAACAACGGUGGUAACGACGACGGCGGGAUUCCCGCAUCCUACGCGGCGUCCCACCCCUCCAGCCUGCCGCCCCCCGCCAAGAGCUGCCUCAAGACACCCGGGCAGCAGCAGCCGCCUACCGGGCGCGUAACGCGCAGCCACAGCCGCCACCGCAGGGUGACCUUUGCGGACGACGACCGCUGCCUGGUCACGGGGGCCCCCUUCACGCCGCACCCGCGGAACCGGCGCGAGGAGGGGAUGAGCCGGCUGAUGUGGGCCGUGCUGCGGAAGGGGAGGAGCACGGAGGCGCUCGGUACGCCUGCGCACGGGGUGAUGUCGGCGGAGAAGAAGUGCCAGCCCGGCCUAGCGAAGGCGGGGCAGGAAAGUUGCCCUCGGUCCGCAGAGCAAGCGGAGGAGGCCCGCCAGGCGGAACGUCGGAAGCGGCUGCGGCUGGCGAUCGAGAAAGGGAGGGAAAGGCAGCGCCAGCGGGACAAGGAGAAACCACCCCAAAAAGCUCGCCGUCAAGCGCCAUUUGCCGGUCAAAUGGAGGUUGACGGUUACGAAAACCCGAGGGUUUUGCGCCGCGCGGUGGAAUCGAACCGCUCCUCUUUCGAUUGGUGUCCAACCGGUCCUCCUCACAAUGCCGCUGAGCUAAACCGUUGUUUGACUUCAAUUGUGAGGAGGCGGUGA